AUGUCGUCGGUAACUGUAACUGGACGCAAUGAGAGCUCCACCGCAGUCUCUAGAAAGGGCAAUGUCGCUGAGUUUGUCACAGACUCCAAGAAACCCACCGCUGGUUUGACCACUAUUGACACCUUUGGUAAAACCUUCAAUGUGCCUGAUUACACCAUCAAGGACAUCUUGUCUGCCAUUCCUAAGCACUGUUACGAAAGAUCGUUGGUUCGCUCGCUCGGAUAUGUUGCCAGAGACAUCUCCAUGAUGGUUCUCAUUGGAUACACCGGCCACAAGUUCAUUCCUCAGGUUCAGUUCUCCGACCAUGAAACUGUUGCUUGGGUAGUCAGAGGUGCUUUGUGGAUGUUGGAAUCGUACCUUAUUGGAUUGUUCGGAUUCGGUUUGUGGAUCUUGGCUCAUGAAUGUGGACACGGCGCCUUCUCUGACUAUCAGGGCAUCAAUGACUUUGUUGGUUGGGUGUUGCACUCUUACUUGGUGGUUCCUUACUUCUCGUGGAAAUUUUCCCACUCCAAGCACCACAAGGCCACCGGCCACAUUUCUAGAGACACUGUAUUUAUUCCUCACACCAAGGAGAGCUAUUUGGCUGUCAACAAGGUUGCCAGUGUGUCUGAGCUUGUUGAAGACCUGCCAAUUUACUCUGCAGCCAUGCUCAUCUUCCAGCAAUUGGGUGGUUUGCAAUUUUACUUGGCCACCAACGCUACGGGUCAGAGUUACAACAUGCCAUGGUAUGCAAAGAGUCACUACGCUCCAAACUCGCCAGUGUUUGACCCUCACCAAUACUGGUUCAUUGUGUUGUCGGACAUUGGUAUCUUGGCCACUGCUACCUUGGUUUACCAAUGGGCCAAGAACUUUGGAACUUUCAACAUGAUGAUUGACUGGUUUGUUCCAUGGUUGUGGGUCAACCACUGGUUGGUGAUGGUGACUUUCUUGCAACACACCGACCCCACCAUGCCUCACUACUCUGCCAAGGAGUGGACAUUUGCUAGAGGUGCUGCUGCCACCAUCGACAGAAACUAUGGUUUCAUUGGCCAGCACAUUUUCCAUGACAUUAUCGAGACGCACGUGUUGCACCACUAUGUGUCGAGAAUCCCAUUCUACAAUGCUCGUGAGGCUAGUGCUGCCAUCCAAAAGGUCAUGGGCAACCACUACCGUUACGACGGCGAGAACAUGUGGAUCUCGUUGUGGAAAGUAAUUAGAACCUGUCGCUUUGUGCUGGACGAAGAAGGGAACGGAGUCUACAUGUUCCGUAACGUCAACGGUGUAGGUGUGACGCCUAAAUAA